UAGCCUUUUUCAUUUAUAAAUUUAUGUGUAUGAUGGAGGAUUUGCCGAGCGUUUUGAGAACUUGACCUUUGUUUAUCCUCUCGAUCGGCAACCUAGGGUUUUCAGCUUCCACGGCCACUUAAAGAGCAGCCGUCAAGAACAGGAAGCUUACGAAACACUUAGAUCGCCCUCUUCGCUAACUGAUGAUUCUCAGUAACAGAGGGUCAUUAAAACUCCUCAUGUCAGAUUCUUUGUAAACGCUCAGAUCUAUCAGGAAGACUGAAAAUCUCUACCAUUCUUCUCAAUAAACAAACCUUUUCUCUGUGACAAAACCUUUUGUGGAAUAAAUCUGACCAGAUUUCCUUCCCUGUGGAUCCGCAAGAGAGUCUCGUUAUUUUUCGUUUCUAUACCUGAAAUAAUAUUUUUUCUGACUUCUUAGACCGAAUCAUGACGUAAUGGUUUAAACGGAUCAACCAAGCACAGAUCUGUUGAACCUAGUUAAGGGCUUUUCGUUUUGAACCUCAAAGGAAGAUAAAAUUUUCCGGAUCAAGCUUAAAAAUGUUCAGAUCUGUCGUGUAUCAUGGAAACUCUCUUAUCGGAGAAGUAGAAAUCCAGCCCAAGAACUCAAACCUUGGAACGUGGACGAGGGAGAUCCGAAUCUCUCACUUCUCCCCUCCCAGCGAUCGCUGCCCGCCACUGGCAGUUCUACACACUAUUGCCACGUCUGGCGUCUGCUUCAGAAUGGAAUCGAAGCGAUCCGCCGAAGAGUCACUGCUUUUUUCAGUAUAUUCUGCCUGUCUCAGAGAGAACAAGACAGCAGUUGCUUCAAUAGGAGAGGAAGAACUCCAUCUAGUUGCCAUGCCUUCUAGGAGGAAUCUUCCACAAAAUUCAUUUUUUUGGGGAUAUAUUGUUGCACGUGGAUUGUAUAAUUCCUGCCUUGUCAUGCUUAAUCUAAGAUGCCUGGGAAUUGUGUUUGAUCUCGAUGAAACUCUUAUAGUUGCUAAUACAAUGCGCUCAUUUGAGGAUAGGAUUGAUGCCUUACAGCGAAAGAUCAGCAGUGAGGUAGAUCCACAGCGUGUUCAUGGCAUGCUUGCUGAGAUCAAGCGGUAUCAGGAUGAUAAAUCAAUCUUGAAGCAGUAUGUUGACAAUGAUCAAGUUGUAGAAAAUGGGAAGGUGUUGAAAGCUCAAUCUGAGGCUGUUCCCCGUCUGUCUGAUAGUUAUCAACUUUUAAAUCGCCCUAUUAUAAGACUACAUGAAAAAAACAUCAUACUUACUCGGGUCAAUCCAACGAUAAGAGAUACUAGUGUCCUUGUACGUUUAAGGCCUGCAUGGGAAGAUCUUCGAAGCUACUUAACUGCAAAAGGUCGAAAGAGGUUUGAGGUUUAUGUUUGCACAAUGGCGGAAAGAGAUUAUGCUUUAGAAAUGUGGAGGCUUCUUGAUCCAGAAUCUAGCUUAAUCAACUCGAAAGAGCUCUUGGAUCGAAUAGUUUGUGUCAAGUCUGGCUUGAGAAAAUCUUUGUUCAGUGUAUUCCAAGAUGGAGUCUGUCAUCCAAAGAUGUCAUUAGUUAUUGACGAUAGGUUGAAAGUCUGGGAUGAGAAAGAUCAAUCUCGAGUUCAUGUUGUCCCUCCGUUUGCUCCAUAUUUUGCUCCUCAAGCAGAAGCAAACAACAAUAUCCCGGUUCUUUGUGUUGCAAGAAAUGUGGCAUGUAAUGUUAGAGGCAGUUUUUUCAAAGAUUUUGAUGAAAUUUUGCUUCCACGAAUGUCUGAAGUUUCUUAUGAAGACGAAAUGGAAUACCCAUCUGCUCCUGAUGUGGGAAAUUAUUUAAUUUCAGAGGAUGACGCCUCUACAUUGAAUGGAAACAAAAAUCCACUUGGUUUUGAUGGAAUGGCAGAUGCUGAGGUCGAGAGGAGAUUGAAGGGUGCAAACUGUAUUGUCCAAACUGUUGCUCCCAUUGCUAACAACUUUGAUACGAGGGGAAUUGUGCCUCCUGCCCCCCCUGUCAUAGCUCCUACAACUCCAGCAGUUUCAUUGGCAGCAACCCAAUUGAUCAUGCCGCUGGCCAACAGCCAGUUUCCACAUAAUGUUGUGCCUGUUAAGCCAUUAGGGCAAUCUGUUCUGUCAGAACAUUCCCUACAGGGCUCUUCUUGGGAAGAGGGUGAGGUCCCAGAAUCAGAUCUAGACCCAAACACAAGAAGAAGACUUUUGAUUUUGCAGCAUGGACAAGACACACGUGAUGCUCCUCCGUCGCAUCCACCAUUUCCAACUAGGCCUCCUCUUCAGGUCUCAGGGCCCCCAGCUCAACCUCGAGGAAAUUGGUUUCCAAUGGAAGAAGGUUUGAGCUCAAGGAAAAUAAAUAUGGCAUCAAGAGAUUUUCCUUCAGAACAUGAAGCAGUUCCUUUUGACAAGAAUCGAUCUCGAUAUCGGUCACUCUACCGAACGGGCGAAAAAUCGAUGUCUUCGGAUAGAGUUUUCCAUGAAAGUCAAAGAUUGCCUAUGCAGGUACAUCAUGGUGAAGUUCGGCCUCAACCCGACAAAGCAGCAUCAAAUUUCAGUUCUCUCCAUGGCAGCGAGAUGUUUGUGGGUCACAUGGCAUCCAAUCAUAGUGAUGGUCAUUUCAAUUUGGGUCACGGCUCUCAAUAUGAAGAUGCUCCUACGGGAUUUCUCAGGGAAAUUUCAAGGAAGUGCGGUGCCAAGAUUGAAUUCAGGUCAAGUUUGCUUGACACUACAGAACUGCAGUUUUCUACGGAGGUUUGGUUUGUUGGGGACAAGGUUGGUGAAGGCAUUGGUAGAACAAGAAAGGAAGCUCAACAUCAUGCUGCUGAGAACUCCUUGCAAAAUUUGGCCAAUAAGUACUUAUCAAAUGCGUUUGCUGAUUCCACUCAUUCUAAAGAAACUGGUUUUUCAAGUGAUUUAAACUCAGGCAAUUCAGAUUCAACGAGGAAUGAUUUCCUUACAGGCAGAAUUACUCCACUUUCCCAUCAUCAGGGUCAUGAGGGAUCAAAAAGAACAGCAGCUCCUGUUACCGCUCUCAAAGAACUUUGUGUGAUGGAGGGUUAUAAUCUUUCUUUUCAAUCCCCAUCUUUGCCUGCUGGGUGCUCAAUUAGUAAAGGGGAAGUUUAUGCACAGGUUGAAAUCGCAGGGCAGGUCUUAGGUAAAGGAAUUGGAGUAACGUGGGAGGAUGCCAAGAUUCAGGCUGCUGAAGAGGCUCUUGAAUCUUUGAAAUCCAGACCUGCGCACGUUACACAAAUGGGCUCAGGCUCUUCAAGGAUGCUGCCAGGAUCAUCAAACAAGCGAUUGAAGCAAGAUUUACCACAACCAAUAGCUAGAAUUCCAUCCUGAAACAUACAAACCCAAAAAUGAAAGUUCAAUAUCUGGACACUCCACUGUAAGCGCCAUUCUUCAAAACAAAGUAUACAAUGCAAUGUAUCGACCUCGAGUUGGUCCUAUAUGAUCUUUCUAGAGCAGACGUUGAGAGGCAUUACAGCACAGGACCAACAUAAUCUUGCGAUUUUGUUGCGAUUCUCUUCCAGUUGGGAUACAAAUGGGGCAGCUGGCCUUACUAAUCUAGAAAUUUGAAUUCAUUUGAUCUGCUCUUUGGUGCAAUUGUGGGGUUGAGGAUGGUAGAGAAAUGGUGAAGCUAUCAGGCUGGGCAACAGGUCAGGCAUUUCCCUUCCCUUCCAGCUCUGCAAGUGUCUGGUCAAGUGAAGCAGGCAAAUGCAGAUAUGCUGCCAUUAUCAUCCUAUGAAAUUUCUGUUCAUUACUUUGCCUGGAAAUAGUUUUUCACGAUGUAAAGGAGAAUCACUAGGGUUGAUUUUUCUUUUUUUCUUUUUUUUUUUAGUUUUUACCCCUUUUUUUUUUUUUUAAGAGGCUUCCCAAAUAAUUGGAAGCAUAGAAUUUGGCUAUGAGAUGCGUUCGUUCAUAGCACUAGUGCUUUUUGAGAUUUUGACUUCAUAGCUUUCUGUAUCAUUUUUUCUGCUCUGCAAUCUAAUUCCAACAAAUUUGUUCACUUUGAA